AUGUCGGCAACACUCUCCCUCGAAGAAAGAUUGAACCUUGUCACCAGAGGGCAGAAAUUGGUCAAUCCUGGAGAUAUUGACUCCUUAGAGUCACUCCUGGCAACCACAAAGCGACCCAAGAUUGCAUGGGAAACAACUCCAACCGGAAAGCCUCACGUGGGGUACUUUGUUCCCUUGGCCAAGCUUGCAGAUUUCGUAAAGGCAGAUCUUGAGGUGACUCUCUUCUACCUCGAUGUCUAUGGAUUUCUAGUCAAUUACAUCUAUCCCAUGGAAGUUGUUGAGAAUCGCAGGAAAUACUACCAUCAUUUAAUGACGGCCGUGCUGCGAUCCCUAGGGGUUGACCUGUCGAAGAUUCGCUUCGUGGCCGAGUCGUCUUUUGCCUAUCGCAAGGAAUACUUCGUUGACGUUCUGAGGACUUGCGCGCUUAUGACGCAGCAAGAUGCAAAGGACACCUGCGAAGAGACCGCGGAGACAAAAAUGCUCAGUCCUCUUCUGUGCUGUGUAUAUCAGUCUCUAUCUGAGCAGUACUUGGACAUUGACAUUCAGUUUGGAGGCGAAGAUCAGCGUGGACUAUUCAUCCACUCAAUCAAAUACCUGCCUUUGCUUGGUUACAGGAAGCGCGAGCAUCUCAUGAAUGCCAUGGUCACGGGAUUGCAAGGCGGGAAAAUGUCCUCUUCGCACGCAGCAGAAACAAAGAUUGAGUUUCUUGACGACCCCGAGACCGUUCAGAAGAAGAUAAACCGGAUGCCAUGCGAGCCUGGGGAUGUCCAAAGCACUGUAGUACUGCUCCUGCGAGACGUACUCCUCCCAAUUAGUCAACAGAGAGUCGAAUCGCUACAAGACUCCGGCACCUCGUGGGAAUUGGAUGGCAAUAACAAACCCAGGCCUUUUAUUACGGAAGAUGCUCCGCAAGGAACUAUUUUCAGUAUACCUGCAGGAUCUUGGGGCGAUUCUCGGCAUUACACAUCCUUUGCUGACAUUCAAAACGGCUUCGGGGAAGGGGAGAUUAGUCCUGCGGCUCUGAAACUGGCUGUCACCAAUGCUUUCAAUAAUCUACUGGGCAAAAUUCGAGCAAUCUACUCUGAAAGCAAGGAGUGGCAAUUGGUUGACAAGCUAGCUUACCCAGAUUAG